AUGGUAACUGUCAGACCAUUCACUUGUUUUGACCUGCUCAAAUACGGAAACAUUAACCUGGAUAUGUACACAGAAACUUAUAGUAUCAGUUUUUAUCUGCAUUAUUUAGCGAAAUGGCCAGAGUAUAUGCGAGUGUUAGAAUCACCUACACUUAACUGUUUCAAAAUGACUUCUGAAAGCUUUUCAAAUGUUGUACACUCUGAUAUCGAACAGAACGUAAAGGGUUGUACAGUUCCAUCACGCAAAGAAGCAUCAAUACCAUCUUCUUGUCAACGACUUAUGGGUUAUAUGAUGGCGAAAUCAGAGGGUCAUGGGACCGAUUGGCAUGGUCAUGUCACUGCAUUAUCAGUGGCUCCUGAAUAUCGUCGUCUAGGAUUAGCUACUCAACUAAUGCUGGAAUUGGAGGAAACUUCUGAACGAAAACGCUGUUACUACGUUGAUCUAUUUGUACGUGCUUCUAAUAAGCUAGGAAUAGAUAUAUAUUCUAAACUGGGCUAUAUCAUAUAUCGCAGGGUACUGAAUUAUUACUGGGGUUCAGUUGAAGAUGAAGAUGCUUUCGAUAUGAGGAAAGCACUAUCAAUGGAUGUGCUUAAGAAAUCUAUCAUACCGUUAACAAGGCCUAUACGUCCUGAAGAACUAGAACAUCCGUGA